AUGUCGAUUGAAGGUAUUGUUUAUGAUCCAAAUGAUCCAGAAUUGAAAGAGUCAUUGAAGUAUUUGGCUCUCCCGACGGAAGAACGCAUUAAACUUCAAGCUCAACCAUUUGACGGCAAAAAACAAUGUUGGGUACCUAAUGCUAAAGAGUCGUUUGUUGCUGCCGAAAUCGUUAGCACCAAGGGUGAAGAAGUAACAGCUAAAACAAGCAAAGGAGAGACUGUCACAUUGAAAAAAGAUGAUGUUCAACAAAUGAAUCCACCGAAAUUUACAUGCUGUGAUGAUAUGGCAAACUUAACUUAUCUAAACGAUGCGUCGGUUUUACAUAACUUACGCGAUCGUUAUGAACGGUGGCUCAUCUACACAUAUUCGGGUUUAUUUUGUGUGGCCAUCAACCCAUACAAGCGUUUGCCAAUUUAUACAAUGAAAGUUGUACUUAUGUAUCGUGGCAAAAAGCGUACUGAAGUUCCACCACAUCUCUACGCUAUCUCUGAUAAUGCUUAUUCGAACAUGCUUCGCGAUCGUGAAAAUCAAUCAAUGUUGAUUACGGGUGAAUCAGGUGCAGGAAAAACUGAAAAUACGAAAAAAGUCAUUCAAUAUUUCGCAUUGGUCGCUGCUGCCAGUGCUAAAAAAGAAGAGGGAAAAAAAUCGAUGACUCUUGAAGAUCAAAUCGUUCAAUCGAAUCCUGUUCUUGAAGCUUUCGGUAAUGCUAAAACAACUCGUAAUAACAAUUCAUCACGAUUCGGUAAAUUCAUUCGAAUUCACUUUGGCAGUUCAGGCAAAAUUGCUGGUGCUGAUAUUGAAGUUUAUCUACUCGAAAAAGCUCGUGUCAUCUUUCAGCAACCAGCUGAACGUAACUAUCAUAUUUUCUACCAGCUAUGUUCAAAUGCAUUUCCGGAAUAUCACAAGGAGUGUUUAAUUGGAAACGAUCCCGGAAAAUACCAUUAUGUUGCUCAAGGCAUGCUUACGAUCGACAAUGUUGAUGAUGCAGAAGAAAUGAAACUCACAGAUGAAGCUUUUGACGUUCUUGGCUUCACUCGGGAUGAAAAAUUAAGUAUGUACAAAUGUACAGCGGCUAUUAUGCAUUUCGGUAACAGCCAAUGGAAACAACGACCACGUGAAGAACAAGCUGAAGCCGAAGGAACAGAAGAUUGUGAAAAAGUUGCACAUCUUCUUGGUAUUGAAGCAGCUGAACUUAUCAAGGGUUUACUUAAACCACGUAUUAAGGUCGGUAAUGAAUAUGUUAACAAAGGCCAAAACAAAGAUCAAGUUGUUAACUCAAUUGGUGCUCUUUCCAAAUCCAUUUAUUAUCGUAUGUUUUGUUGGUUAGUCGAGCGUGUCAAUGUCACACUCGACGUCAAAGCUAAACGACAAUACUUCAUUGGUGUUCUCGAUAUUGCUGGUUUUGAAAUUUUUGAUUACAAUGGGUUCGAACAAUUAUGCAUUAAUUACACCAAUGAACGUCUUCAACAAUUCUUCAAUCAUCAUAUGUUCGUCUUGGAACAAGAAGAAUACAAGAAAGAAGGUAUUCAAUGGGAAUUUAUUGACUUUGGUAUGGAUUUACAAGCUUGUAUCGAUCUCAUUGAAAAACCUAUGGGUAUUUUAUCCAUUCUUGAAGAAGAAUGUAUUGUACCAAAAGCAACGGACAAGACAUUCGUGGAAAAAUUAUACAACAAUCAUUUGGGUAAACAUCCACAAUUCGGUAAACCCAAACCAUCGAAAGGCAAAGCUGAAGCACACUUCGAAAUUCAUCACUAUGCUGGUUCAGUUCCAUACACUGCUACUAGUUGGCUUGAAAAGAACAAAGAUCCUAUCAAUACUACUGUUGCAACACUUUUUGCUAAAUCGAAAAAUCCCAUGCUGGCUCACCUUUAUGCCGACGUGGUUGAAGAAGAAGGUGGCUCGAAAGCUGGUGGUAAGAAGAAAGGUGGUAGUAUGCAAACCAUUUCUGCUACUCAUCGUGAACAAUUGAACAAACUCAUGACGAACUUACGAUCAACUCAUCCACACUUUGUUCGUUGUAUUAUUCCAAAUGAAGUCAAAACCGGAGGCAUUCUCGAUUCGCAUUUGGUUCUUCAUCAACUUCAUUGCAACGGUGUCCUCGAGGGUAUUCGUAUCUGUCGUAAAGGCUUUCCAAAUCGUAUGAUUUACUCUGAGUUCAAACAACGUUAUUCAAUUUUGGCACCCAAUGCUAUUCCUAAAGGAUUCGUCGACGCCAAAAAAGCUACCGAUAACAUCCUUAAGGAUAUUCAGUUAUCCGAGGAAUUAUAUCGAUUGGGCACAACAAAAGUUUUCUUCAAAGCCGGUGUUUUGGGUCAACUCGAAGACAUGCGUGAUCAAGCUUUGUCGAAGAUUAUUGCCACAUUACAAGCUCAAAUUCGUGGCUAUAUUAUGAAGAAAGAAUACAAGAAAAUGUUAGACCAACGUUUAGCAUUAUCAGUUUUACAACGCAAUUGCCGUAAAUAUCUUUCGCUUCGUAAUUGGCCAUGGUGGAAAUUGUAUACGAAAGUGAAACCUUUGCUAUCGGUUGCUCGCCAAGAGGAAGAGAUGAAGAAACUUGAAGAUGAAUUCAAAGCUUUGAAAGAAGCUCUGGAAAAAGAAGAGAAACUACGUAAAGAAGUCGAAGAGAAUAACGCCAAAUUGAUCAAAGAGAAAAAUGACAUGUACUUACAAUUGGAAUCUGAACGAGCAAAUACAGCUGGUGCUGAAGAACGGCUCACGCGUAUUAUCACACAAAAAGCCGAUCUUGAACAACAAAUCAAAGACAUGGAAGAACGUUUCAGCGAAGAAGAAGAAAUAUCCAAUGAAUUGAAUAGCAAAAAGAAGAAACUUGAACACGAUAUUGAUGGUUUGAAGAAAGACAUCGACGAUAUGCGUUUGAAUUUACAAAAAUCUGAGAACGAAUCAAAGACACGUGAUAAUCAAAUUCAUACAUUACAAAGUGAAAUGGCUCAACAAGAUGAAACCAUUGCCAAAAUCACACGAGAACGUAAACGUUUAGAAGAACAAAACUCAAAAACAACGGAACAAUUACAAGCGGAAGAAGAUAAAGUGAAUCAUUUGAACAAAUUGAAAACUAAACUCGAACAAACACUUGAUGAACUAGAAGGCAGUUUAGAACGAGAGAAGAAAGCCCGUACGGAUCUCGACAAAGCCAAACGUAAAUUGGAAACGGAUUUGAAAGCUGUACAAAGCAAUAUGGAAGAUAUCGAACGAUCGAAACGGGAAUUGGAAGAAGCAAUCAAACGCAAAGAUCAAGAAAUUCAACAGAUGGGCGGACGACUUGAAGACGAACAAGGACAAGCGACCAAUCUCGGCAAGAAAAUUAAAGAAUUACAAGCACGUAUCGAAGAAUUAGAAGAAGAACUCGAAAGCGAACGACAAGCUCGAACGAAAACCGAAAAACAACGUGCUGAUCUGACACGUGAAAUCGAUGAAAUGAACGAUCGAUUAGAAGAAGCUGGUGGUGCUACGACUGCUCAAGUUGAAAUGAACAAGAAACGUGAAAGUGAAUUAGCCAAACUUCGUCGUGAUUUGGAAGAAGCAAAUCUUCAACAUGAAGCCACCGCUGCUCAAUUACGCAAGAAACAUCAAGAUGCCGUCAACGAAAUGGGUGAACAAAUUGAUCAAUUACAAAAAUUGAAAAAUAAAUUAGAAAAAGAUAAACAAGGUGUCAAAUCCGAACUCGAUGAUUUACGUGCACAACUCGAUCACGCACAAAAAGGUAAAGCUUCGAGUGAGAAACUUGUCAAACAACUUGAACAACAACUCAAUGAUGUUCAACUCAAACUCGAAGACAGUCUCAAACAAAUUAAUGACUUUUCGGGUCAACGAUCGAAGUUAAUCUCGGAAAAUUCAGAAUUAAUCAAACAAGUUGAAGAUCUCGAACAUCAAUUAGGCGCAUUACAAAAAGCCAAAGUUACUCUGCAACAACAAGCUGAUGAUGCUCGACGUACUUUAGAAGAAGAAAUACGUGGCAAAGGCUCAGUCAGCACACAGAUACGUAAUCUAACAGCUGAUCUUGAUCAAGCACGUGAACAACUUGAAGAAGAACAAGAGGGUAAAGCUGAUCUUGUUCGACAAGUCGCAAAACUCAGUUCCGAAGUUCAUCAAUGGAAAUCACGUUACGAAUCUGAAGGUUUAGCUCGCGGUGAAGAACUCGAAGAAGCUAAACGCAAAUUAGCCUCUAAGUUAGCUGAAGCUGAAGAACAAGUCGAAGCUGCAUUGAAUAAAUGCAAUGCAUUGGAAAAAGUUAAAGCUCGUCUUCAAGGUGAAGUCGAAGAUCUUAUGGUCGAUGUCGAACGUGCCAAUGCCAAUGCUUCGGCUAUGGAUAAGAAACAGAAACAAUUCGAUAAAUUAAUCAAUGACUGGCGACAGAAAUGUGAAGAUAUCACUAUUGAAUUAGAGGCUUCACAAAAAGAAGCUCGUCAUUAUUCGACGGAACUAUUCAAGGUCAAAACUCAAUACGAAGAAUCGCACGAACAGAUCGAAGCACUUCGUAAAGAAAAUCGAAACUUAGCUGAUGAAAUCAAAGAUCUCAUGGAUCAAUUAGGAGAAGGUGGAAAGAACGUUCAUGAAUUAGACAAAGCUCGAAAACGUGCUGAAAUGGAAAAAGAAGAAUUGCAAAGCGCUUUGGAAGAAGCUGAAUCAGCCCUUGAACAAGAAGAGGCGAAAGUCCUUCGUGCUCAAAUGGAAUUGAGUACAGUUCGUCAAGAAAUCGAUCGUCGUAUUCAUGAGAAAGAAGAAGAAUUCGAAACUACACGUCGCAAUCACCAACGUGCUCUCGAAUCAAUGCAAGCCAGCUUGGAAGCUGAGUCACGAGCGAAAGCCGAAGCACUCAAACAGAAAAAGAAACUCGAAUCGGAUAUCAAUGAACUUGAAAUUGCUCUUGAUCAUGCAAAUCGUACUAAUUCAGACUUGCAAAAGGCAUUGAAGAGAUUACAACAAACUGUUUCUGAAUUCACUGCCCAAAUUGAAGAAGAACAGCGACAACGCGAUGAAGCACGCGAAGCUGCUGCAGCUGCUGAACGUCGUGCUAACUUGAUUGUUGGUGAAAUCGAAGAAUUACGCACAGCUUUAGAUCAAGCUGAACGUGCUCGUCGCGCAGCUGAAACAGAAUUGAAUGAAGCUGCUGAUCGUAUCAGCGACUUGAGUACACAAAAUGCGACUUUAUCAUCGCAAAAACGGCAAUUGGAAUCAAGCAUUGUUGCUAUGCAAUCAGAUUUGGAUGAAGCUGUUGCUGAACUCAAAAAUAGUGAAGAACGUUCGAAGAAAGCUGCUGGCGAUGCCGCUCGCUUGGCUGAAGAAUUACGUAUGGAACAAGAACAUGCCAUUCAAGUCGAACGACUUCGUAAAGGUCUCGAACAGCAAAUCAAAGAUCUUCAAGCACGUCUUGAUGAAGCUGAAGGUAAUUCACUCAAAGGUGGCAAACGUAUCAUUGCUAAACUUGAACAACGUAUUCAUGAAUUGGAAAGUGAAAACGAAUUAGAACAACACCGUCAUCAAGAAACAUUGAAAGAAUUACGUAAGAACGACCGACGAUUGAAAGAAUUAGCAUUUCAAACUGAGGAAGAUCAUAAGAAUCAACAACGCUUACAAGAUCUCACAGAAAAAUUACAAAGCAAAAUCAAAGUCUACAAACGACAAGUCGAAGAAGCCGAGGAAAUCGCAUCACUCAAUUUGGCCAAAUAUCGUAAAGUUCAAACUGAACUCGAGGAUUCUGCUGAACGCGCUGAUCUUGCUGAAAAUCAAUUAGGCAAAUUACGUGCUAAGAGUCGUUCAUCUGUUAGUGUUAGUCGACUUUCUCCAGGCCGUGAAAUCCGUGAAUCAACAACUAUUCGAUCAGCAUCAAUUGUUCGUGGUGGUUCAGUUCGUCCUCAUUAG